AUGCACACCAAUGGAAUACACUACUGCAAUGUGCAGUGUUGUAGAUGCCCUGGGGCAGAGGAUUCACACAUACAGCUGAUGUGGGCUGGGAUGUUUCCUGCUACCACAAAGGCCGCAAGGACUGCAUUUACCUUCCAAGUACUUGAUGACUUUGUUCAGGACAAUGCAGAAUGUGGUACCUCAGCAAUGAAUUUCUACAGCAAACUUUGCCACAUAACCUCCAAUGCCUUUCCUCAUCUAGUGCCAGAUAGGUUCAGGGAACUGCUGAAAGUUGCUAGGAUGUGGUGGCUCCUGAAACUACUGAAAUGGCAGGGAUCCCACAUGAGUGCAGAAGAUGCUGGCCCCAGGGAAUUAGUGUUAUUCUAUCUGGCAUGUCUCCAACCCAGCAUCAACAUUCCUGAAGAUGCAACAGAUUAUUCCCAUUGGACACUGGCAAGAAGCUUGGUCAUGGAUGGGAAUUUAAAGGCAGAGCAUAUGCAUCCAAAGGAUGCUGGCAGAAAAGCCUGGUUGAUGGAUGGAAAGGGGUACAUGGUCACAUCACAGCCAUACAAGGAAUAUUUGAGUGGCACUAAAAAUGUGGUUGAGAUCUCAGAUUGCAGCAAUCAUCAGGCAGUUAAUCAAGCAAAUGCCAACCAGCAGCAGCUUGCAUCUAUGGGAAUAGGUGGAUGUGCCUGUGCAUGGCAUGGCUGUUUUGUGCCACAUGCAAUGGUUGACUUCCAGAAGGGCAAACAGUAUGAAUAA